CGUGUUGGUGGGAAAGACUAUAAGGACACACCUGACGCUUAAACAGACUAGCAAAAAACUAAAACCUAAACCUAAGUUUAAUUAAUUCUGAACUGAAAUAUCGGUUUGGGCGUCAGGCGUGUCCUUCUAGACUUUUCAAGUGUGGGUAGCCAGGCAAACCACCCAGCACUGGAUUGGUGCAGCUAUGGACAAAUUGGCGCCAUUUUGAAGCCGAGAGGAGGAUCACAGCCGUAGAGGGAAAGACGAUUGGCUACAAUUCAUCAAAUAAGGAUCGACAGUGCCGAGGUUGGACCACAGUGAGAACGAGGAUAUCACAGUCAUGAAGAGUCUGGCUGCACAGGACGACGACAGCAAGCCCUGCAGGUGACGCAAACGACGGACAGCCGCUUCCAGCCAGGACGACAAGGCAGGCCAGGAGGCCAAGCCCAAACAUGGGGGCGGAGCCGUGGACCAAGACCAAUGCUGCAGACACCACCCUGGAGACGAAAGACGAACAGAACAAUCCUCCCAAAAGAGGUCGCAGGAGACGGCCCCAAGACUGGAGGCCACAGACGACUGCAGAAUCCACGCCACAGAAAAGAUGGGGGAGACCUCCCAAAGCACAGCAACAUACAGCCAUGAAAAAUAUGCACACAGGAAGUUUGAGUACAGAGAACGAGUCCGAGGUGGAGGAGAUGGAGAUGUCUCAGAGCCAGGAAGAGGAGGAGAGCAAGACCACAACCAAAGUGCGACGGAAGAUGGGCAGGAGAAGAUGAGACAGAGAUCAUGUUUUUUUCUCCAAGGUCAGGGGGCCCGUGACCACGAGGACAAGAACAAGAACAGAUGGAGAGGAGCUGUACAUCGAUCGCCUAGGCGAUUUGCAUUUUAUUGUGCAUGUGCAAAGGUGCCUCUACAGAUGAUGAAAAAAAACGACAAGUGACAAAUCCAAAAUUAAAUCAAGUAUUUGGUCCAUUUUGCUGCCCAGCAUUGUUUUAUUAGUGUUUUGAGACGGAGAAAGGAGUAUUAAAUAGAUAAGAAUACAAUUAA